UUUUGAUGUCUAGUUGUAUUUAUGACAGGUGACGUGGAGAUUUGCAAAAAACAUAUUGGGGUGAUUUUCAAUGCACAAUCACAAAUUGUAUAAAUAAUCAUUCAUUUGAUGCACUCUGGUCAACAAAAAAGUAGUUUGAAUAGAGUCGAGCACAAUGUGGGGUGAUCCAGAACCGGAGCCUGGAGGCCAGCCUUCAACAUCCAUAUCCAAGGAACUUACAGACCUUAAAAGCCAAAAUGAACAUCAGCAAGUUCUUAUAGCACAGCUCAAAGAAAUGUUACGGAAGGAGCAAAGCAAUGUACCGCAAGAGAAGGUCGAAGAAUAUAUUCAAACAUUGAGUAAAGUGAAAGCUAAGAAAUCACAAUCCCGAAAAGAUGAAUCGAGGUCUGGGAAAAGUAUUAGUGUAGAUAGUAAUAAGAAAAUAAAUUUGCUAAAGCAGCAGUUGGAAGAAAAUAAGGCUAAGCUGGCAGAAAGAGGUAAAAGUCAAAAAGGUAUAGAGGAAAUGGUUUCCCAACUUCAAGCUCAACUUAUGGAGUCUCCUCAACCAACCACAACUGUCUUAGACAAACCUGCAGGAUAUAGUAAAACUACUAGUCAAGAAGAACUGUACAACAUAUUGGUGAGAAGGGAAAGGAAAAUAACUGAGUUGAUCAAUAAAACCCAAAAUCAAGAAGCUACAAUCAUAGACCUACAAGAAAAUCUCAAAGAAAAGGAUCAGGUUAUUGAAGCUAGAACUAAAGCCAUUACUUUGAUGACUGACAGUUUGAGCAAAAAAGGAAAGGAUACCUUAGAUGCCCUUGAUGACACUAAAGAACAGAUGAGGAAUAUGCAAGAAGAUUUCGUUAAGUUGGAAGAAGAGAUGAAAAUGAGACAGAAGGCUCUGUUGAAUGAUCUAAAAUCUAAGAAUUUGGAAAUCACUGAGUUACAAGAAUACAACCAACAACUGCUAAAUGAAAAUAAAACACUGAAUGAGAGUAUGAAUGAGAUGAAAAAAAAUCUUGAUGCUGCACUGAGUGAGUCUGACAGUUAUAAAUACAAGGUUUCAGAAUUGGAUCAAAAGUUGCAAGAGGUUACUGGAGAGUUAAAUAGAUUGAAGAAUACAGCAAGCUAUACAGUAAUGGCAUCCGAGAAUGCAGAAAAAGAGAUAGCAAAGUUGAAGAAGCAACUAGAAGAGAGCAAUAAAAACAUGAUAAAAAUCAAAGCCCAAAGUAAAAGCAAAAUUAAGGAAUUAACAAAGAACAUAGAAACCUUUAAGAAAGCUAGUGAUACAAAUGCAUUGAUUGUACAUUUACAAGCUGAAAACUUGAAAUUAACUGAAAAAAUUGCUGAAUUGGAAGAGGAAAAAGGUAGUUUACAGUUAAAGAUGGUGGAAUCUACCGGUUCCACGAAAGAUCUGGAAUGUGCAAAUUGUAAAGAAUUGGAAGAAAAGCUUCAGUUGCAGAAAGACGAACUUGAUGAAAAGGAUAAAGUAAUUUCACUAUUAGAGAAUGAUAUUUUAUCCCUUAGAGAGCAAGCUGCUAACUUCACACACUUGAAGAGUUCCCACGUGACCUCAGAAAUGAAGUCAAUUCAAAUAGAGGAACAGUUGGAUGCAUUUGAAAGUGAAAAUCUAAAACUAAAAGAAGAUAUUGAAGUCCUAUAUAGAGAAAAAAUAGAACUAAACCAGAGGAUUGAAGAGAUGAUCAGAGAGAAGCAAGACAUUAAUAACAAGUUGGAGAGUUAUAUCCAGGAAAACAUGGAAUUAAUCGAUAAAUUAGAAAAACUGAGCGCUGAAAAGGUGUCAUCUGCAGAAAGCAUUGAAAUAGUGGAAGGUCUCACACAGCAAGAAAAGUUAGAAUUGGCUGCAUAUGAAAAAAUUAUAGAAGAACCACAUAAGGAAGCUGCAGCAGAGGUUAUGCCAUGUGCAGAAAUGCAAGAAUCCACUGAGUGUGUAGAAACCACUCAGGAUCUCAAUGAGAGUGUGAUUCAGCUGAGCGAGGAAUCCACAGAGCUCCUUGAGAGAAUUGAGCUAUUCAAUUCAGAGAGAAAGGAGGUUAUGGGCAAGAUGGAACAGCUCAGAGCAGAAAAUAACAGGUUAACCAUGAAAAUCAGUGAGAUUGAGAAUAACAGAGAAAUUCUAGCUGAAACAUAUGAGCAGUUGCAAAUUGAAAAAGAAAAGUUGCAACAAGACAAUGAAAAAUUGCAAAAGCAAGUUAAACUUUUGGAAGUUGACUCUGGAAAUCAGGAUGAUGUUGCCCUUCUUAAUAAACUACAAACCGAUUGUGAAACAUUGAUGAAAGAAAACGAGUCCCUACGGCACACUUUGAAAGAGUUCGAUACUAAAAUCCACGAAAAAGAUAACCUCGAACCGAUCAUUAACGAGUCAGUAUCGAAAAUAGACGAACUUGAAUCACAACUAAAAGAAAAAAUAACAGAAAUCGAAAACUACCAAUCUAUCAUAUCCGAAAACAAAAAUAAAUUGAUUAACUCGUCAAACGUCAUUAACGAUUUGCAAAAGCAGUUAAUCCAACGCGAGAAUGAUAUUAAAGAUCUCAACGAAGUAGUUAAUGAGUUAAUGUUUUCCAAACUUCAAACAGAAAAUAAAAACUUGGAAAAAUUUGAAACUAUGGAAGCACAGCUAAAUGAAUUUAAAGAUAGAAUCGUUGAAGAGAUCAAUGAAACUACAAAAUACGCAAAUGAAGCUUCACGAAACAACGAAGUUAUAAUCAAAUUAAAAGAUGAACUGAACGAGUUGAAUGAAAAGAUUCUUCAAGCUGAACAUGAUACCGAAAGGAAAACUAUAGAACUUGACAGACUAUCUAGGGAUCUACAGAAUAAAGACGAAGUGAUCUCGAAUCUCCAAAAACAAAUUAAAGAGAAAGAUGAAAAAAUCUUACUGAUAUCAGAACAGAUGCAACAGAAGUACUUAACAUUGCAAAAGCAGUUGGAUGGAAAUCAAGGAUCAUUGCAGAAGACUAUUGAAGAUUUGUCAAAUAAAAACAAAGAACAAAUGGAAAAAAUGAAAAAGAUCGCAGCUAAUUUGAAGAAAAAGACCCAGGCGUAUCAGGAGUUGGAGGAAAAAUACAUGGAGGCCAAAGAAAAAUGGGAAACUGAAAUCAACAGCAAGGAAAGCAAAGAAUCUGUAUUGCUGUCAGAACAGGUUGAGGAUCUGAAGAAGGACCUUGGGGAUAAACAAAGUCGUAUAAACGAUUAUCAAGAGAAAAUUAACCAACUGAAUGAGGAAAUCCGAAACCUAUCGCAGGAGAAUGUGGAUCUUCAAAAUAUGCUUUUGGAAGCAAGAAGCAAACAUGAAAAAGUUAGUGAAGUCACUUUGAAGCAAGAACUGUCCACAAGUCUACAUGAAGAAUUCGACCCAAUGCAAACAGGAGCUGAUACAAGCCAAGAAAAAAUUAAAGAAUUGGAACUGAUAAUAGAAACAAAUGAGUCAGACAUUGUGGACUAUAAGCAAAGAAUCGAGCAUCUGGAAGAGCAUAACAACAGAUUACUUAGAGAAAGAGAGCAUCUUGAAAGUAGGAUAUGCGAGUUGGAAAGUUCGUUGAGGGAGUCUCAUAGAGAUAUGGAAGAAAAGAUGAAUUUAGAGGAGGCUCUGAGUCACAAGCUUGAGGAUUUAGCUCAAAGUGAAGGGGAGUUGACGAAGAAAUUAGAAAUACUUUUUGCAGAAAAUGAGAAUCUUCUUAAGAAAAAUAAAGAUCAGGAAGAGUUUAUCAACAAGUUGAAGAUCAAAAUAAAAAAGGCACAUGAGAAGAUACAACAACUGAAGGCUAUCCAAACUACAAAUGAAGAUAUGGAGAGAUCUCACGAGGAACUGAAGAAGCAUGUUCUUAUAUUAGAAAAUCAGUUGAAGCAUGCUCAUGAAGAGUGUGAAUUGGCAAAGAGGCAAAAUAGAGCUGAUUAUGAAAACAUUGAAAACGAUUAUCAAACUCAGUUGGAUGAGGUGUUGCAAGUGAAGAAUUCCUUAGCUAUGGAGUGUGAGAGAUUAAAGGAGGUUUUAAAAGCGGCUCAAGAGCGAGAACAGGAGUUAAUGAUGGAAGCAGAAGAAUAUAGACGAAGAGUCCAAGAAGAUGGAGUUAACAUCAACAGCCAAAUCAAUCAGCUAACUCAGAACCUCCAACAAACGUCUUCACAUUGGAGAGCAGCAGUUGAAGAAGUGCAUUCUGUGAAGCAACAGGUGGAAGAUCUACAACGAGAAUUAGUAAUAGAAAAGGCCAAACAGACAGUACAAGAUGUGAUCACAUCAGCUGUUGACAAAGUAGUUUUGAUCAACACUGUUGGAACUCAAACUAAAGAACAGCAGAAUAUCCCUCUACAAAAACAAGUUUUACGUUCAGUCACGUGGUCAGAUAAUCAGUUUCCUCAAGUUUCAGUACCUCUUGAAAGAAGCACUCCAGCGACUCCAGUGACUCCUCUGGUUGCGCUCAAACAGAAGAUACAAGAACUGGAGUAUCUGUUGAAUACUAUUCAACACGACUUGGCACAAGAUUGCGCUGAAAUGCUGAAAGAUCUCAUCAAGAUGGUCCGUACAAAAGUCAAAAUUGAUUUGACAGAUAAACAAGUUGAUCUGUCGGAAUUAGAGUCUCAGGUGCAGACCUCUGAGGAAAUUAAAACAUCAGGUAACAAAGAACAGUUGCAAAGGAUUGAGUUUCAAGCUGCCGCACCGUGUGUUGGUGAGCAGUGCCAACCUGUUGUUGAGGAGGUGGCUCAGCCUAAAAAAGCAUACCUUACUUACUACCCCGGUGUGGAAGCCUCUGGAGAAAAUGAUGAUGGUUGGGGUUGGGGACCUGAAGAAGGAAAACUAGAAGAAGAAUAUAUCCAGAACUCCGAAAAUGCUGGCUUAAAAGCAGAAAUAUCUAGCCUCAAAUCGAAACUCAACUCAAUACAAACAGAGAGAGAUAAUUGUUUGGAAGAGAUAAAACAGCUUCAAGCAAAAUCUGUCAAGUUAGUGAAGAGAUGUAAAGAACUCAAGCAGAAGAAUGAUGAAUUGCUAAAGAAAGGAAAGUCAGACGGUGACGAUUUCUUUGAUUUGAAUGAAACUAUACAGGAGGAAUUAAAAACUCAAAUCGCUCAGCUCGAGAAGAAAAUAAAGGAGUUACAAACAGAGCUCGACAAGGAAAAACACGAAAAAGCUAAUAUUCUGAAGAGGGUGGACAUUUUGACAGCUGCCAACGAGAAAAUGGUUGAGAUCAAGGAAAUACAGGAAUCAGAAGUCUUCCAUUGGAAACGAAAAUACGAUGAAAUCGAGAAAAAACUCCGCGAGCAGGAAUGGAGUAGCGACGGUUUCACUGAAGAACAUAAAGUUGAGAGCAAAGUUGAAGGCGCAGAAGACUUGCAGAAAACCAUACAAGAGCUCAUGUUGGACAACGAAGAACUCCAGUCGCUUCUUAACGAACAAAGACAGUUGAGAAUUGAAGCUGAGAAAAAUAAAGCUAUGACAAGCACUGUUGAUAUUGCAGAGUUGACUGAACAGAAAAUUCAACUCGAACAGUUGGUAAAUGAGAAAGAUUCGGCUUUGAGUGAAUUGAAGCAGGCAUACGAUAAGUCUAAUGCUUUAAAUGAGCAGUUCCAAUGUGAAAUCAAAGAACUGCAAGAGAAACUUGAUAAAUUGAAGAGUGAAUACCUUGAGCUGCAGUCUAACAAUAAUCAGUGUGUUGUUGAAAUGGAACAACAGACUAGAAGGUUCAAAGAAUUGGAAACUGUAAAUGCUCACUUGCAAAAUGAAAUAACGUCAAGCUCUAACAUGUCAGAGCUUGCAAAUGAGUUAGAGCAAAUUAAGAUGUUGAACGUACAAUAUCAAACUGAAUUUGAGAAAAUCAAUACCAGACUUUGGGAGGUAGAAAAUGACAAAGGCAAUUUAGAGCGGGAGUUGGAAUAUUACAAGCAAAGCAGUGGUGAAGCAGAAACAUUAAAUUCAAAACUUCUAGAACUUGAGAGUCUAAAGAGUACAUUGGAGCGGGAAAUGGAAAGUUAUAAGCAGAGCACCGAUGAGCGCAUAGACUCACUGAACUCGAGCCUAACUGAGCUGGAGAAUGAAAAGAGCAAAUUGAAGAAUGAAUUGGAAAAGUACAAACAGGGUGGCAAUGAUGUUGAGAAUCUGAACUCAAAACUGCUUGAAAUGGAAACUGAGGAAAGUAGUCUGGAGAAAGAACUCGAAAACUACAAACUGAAGAUGAGUGAGCUUGAGCAGAGUCUAACUGAAGUAAAUAUGAAGUACAGUGACUCGUGUAAACGAAUAACUGUGCUAGAGAAAGAGUUAGAGGAAGAACGACUGAGAUUGGCAGAGAUGAAGUUCGAUUAUGAAGAAGAAGCCGAAAGGUUAUCAAAUGCUUUAGAAGAAAGCCGGUACCAAGUGAUGGCUUCAGAGAAAGAAGUGGAGCAGUUGAAAGCAGUUUUAGAGCAGAGUGAAAGGGAAGUCGAAGAAUUAAAAAAGAGAAUGGGCGAAGAAAUAGCUAGAGCUGCUGAAGAUCUGGAGAAGAAAUGGCAAGAGCAAGUUGAUGAAAGAGGUAAUGCAGUUGCUGAAAGCUGGAAGUAUCACCUAGGCAUCGUAGAGGCAGAAUUUGCACAGGUCCAAAAUAAGUUGAAGUCCGAAAUAGACGAAUUAGAGACCAAAUGUAAUGCUCUAGUCAACGAAAAUAAUGAACUACGUAAAAAUGUGGAUGCAGAAAUUAGAAACGAGGUAGAUAGAGUGUCAGCUUUGCAGCAGCAAAUCAAUGAUAGACAACAAAAGAUACAAGAGUUGCAAGCAGAAAUUGAAAGAUUGAGAUAUUUGGAAACAGAAAAAGAUGUUCUAAGUAGUCAACUCUCAGAAAAGGAUUCGGAGAUCGCAGAUUUGAAGACAAUAGUUGCCACCACCCAAAAUCAAUUUGAGGAACAACGUGAGAUCGUAGAGGAAGUUGUGAAACUUUUGGAGACCACCACACCAUGGCCUCUCGCCUGCGAAAAACAAAUAAUCAUGGAGGAAUUGCAAAGUCAACUCCAACUGACCAAAGAUAAAGAACAGCAAAUAGCACAACUGAAUGAACAGCUAACUCAGCUGCAAUCUGACCUGAAAUUAAGUCAGAAUGAUAACGCAGAAAUAAUCAAUCUAAACAGAACUAUAACAGCUCUUCAGGCUCAACUAGAGUUGAAUAAGCAAGAGAAAGAGCAGCAAACACAGCAUUUGAAUGAACAGAUUGCUCAAAUGCAGGCUCAACUGGUGGCCUUCCAGAACGACAACGGAGAGAUCUUUAAUUUGCGAAACACUGUGACAACUCUUCAAGCUCAGAUGGAGACAACUAAACAGGAGCUCGCUGCUGUUCAGAAUGAGAAAGUCGCUGCCUCUCAGAUGAUUCAGGACUAUGAAUCGAAGCUCAUGGAGUACAAGACCACAACUGAAUCGCUUAAAAAGACUUCGGACGAAAAGAAACAAGAAAUCGAAUCUUUAGCGAAGCGCUUGAAAGAAACGGAAUCACUAAAGAGUGACAACAAUAAAGAUGUUGAGCAUUUGACUUCCGUCAUAGACCAGUUAAAGCAAGAUGCCGCUGUAUUGCAACAAUCACUAUCAGACUGCCAGCAACAACUUUUUGAUGUAACCCAAAAACUUACUCAUAAAACCAACGAGUUGGAGACCGUCAGUGGCCAACUAAACUACUCGCAAGAGAACGUUCAAAUUUUGGAGAACGAAGUCAGCUCUUUAAAAGCGCAGAUCGAGAACAAAGAGAAAGAGUACGCCGCCGGUUUGGAAACAUCUAGACAGAACCACUUGAGAGACCUUGAGAGCUAUUACGAAGAGGUCCUGACCAAUAAGGAUCAAGAGAUGCAGUCUCUCCAAAGUCAAUUCAAUACUUACACUGCUAACAUUCAAGAUCAUCAGCAGAACAUUCACCACUCACUGGAAAAAGAAAAAGAAGACCUAAUUCAGAGGAUAGAAGAAUUAGAAGCUAUGUUUGCUCAUCAGACUGCUUCAUCAGAAGAGAAGGAGAAUCAUAUGAAGGAGAUGAACAAAAUCGUUGAAGAUCAGGUGAUGAGAAUCGAGCAGUUGAAGAAGGAGUUGUAUCAGAAGAGUAGCGAUUAUGAUAGUCUGAUUGCUGGAAUUGAGCUUGAAAAUAAGCCUGUUGUUGAGCAACCCAGGCACUCAGAGAUGUCCCGCACCCGUAAUAUGUGAUAUAAUCGCCAUGUUAAGCGAUAUCGCCGUGAUUUAUACCAGGUACUAACUAGUCGGAUAGCCCAAGUCAUGUUUACUCGCUGUGAACGCCAACUGGCUGGAGGAUUGAUUGUACUAUUGAACUUACAGCUUAGAGCUUAGGACAUAAAAUUUAUGAAUGCCAUUUGCUAUUGGCAUCUCUGUAGCAUAUGUUACGAUAAAGUCGAAAACAUCACCCCAACAGCACAUACUUGAUGAUUAGGCAUCACACACAGCUACUACAAGUGAACAAUAGCCAGUACGUAGUAGAAAUGAAGGCGUCUAACAAUCUCGAUCACUAUCAUUUAGAAGACGGACACAUCAGCUCUUCCACAGCCUUCCGCUCCUCCAGCACCAGAUGAAGACCUCUCAGAACCGGUGAGUCGUGCAGAGCUGGACUUGGCGUUAUAUAUGCUGCACCAACGUGACGUAAGAUGCGAGGAGUUGACCGUUGAGUUGACACAGUUGCUGGAAGAGAGAGACACUUUGCAGUUGAGACUGUCCAAUGCUAUUAGGGAAAAAGAGGAACUUAGGCAAAAAGUUACAGGUGUAUCGUCAAGCACGGCGUCCACUUCACCAAUGAAAUCUGAGCUGUCAAAAUCGUCCGCCAUCUUUUUAGCAGCCUCAGGUACUGAGCUAGCGACAGAACCGCUUGAGGAGUCUGAUAGACAGAGCUUAGCUACAAAGUUAUCUGAGUUGAAGAAUGUUGGGUACAAGAAGGACAAAACAUUCGUGGACGAGCAAGAAGCGCGUCGGAUGCAGCAGCUGUCUAUCAUGCAGCAGCACUUCCAGGAAGCCGCAAAGUUACCUCCCGAAGCUGCAGCUAAAUUGGUGGAUGCUAGCUACACCUUAUCUCGAGAUGUACAAAGCCCGUCGAAAGUUCUCCUAAAUUGGCUGUGGGGUAGAAGCACACCAAAGGUGAACGACACAUAGCAUUUACCAAGGAGCUGUUUUAAAUUCCAUAAAAUACAUUGAGUACCACGUGCCUAAAGUCUGCCAAUUUUUACGCAAAUGAAUUAGUAAGAGUUAAACGUUUGUUUGUAGUUGUCGAAAUAAAGGUAAAAUAAAUUUACGCAUUCAGGUAAUAUUAGAAGAUUGAUAGUGCUUCAGCAUUUCAUAUCUGUGUACGUAUGACUCAAAUGACCUCUGAUGUAAAGUCCUUUAUUCUGUCAUUUCCUGAAUGUAUGCAGUGUUAACCAACUGAUGUUUUAUUUAGAAUAUUGUUUUAAAAAAAUGUUAUCCAUAAUAAAUUUCUAUCGAUUUAGUUCAGUUGGAAUUAGUUAAGUCUACCUUGUAUUUUGGCAACCACUGAAAAUAUUCUUUACACAUUCUAAAAUCAUACCAUGUAUAUCUGUAUAAUUUUUAAUGUGAUGUAUGAUUUAACUUAACAUUUUUGUUGAAAUCAAAUUUUAAAUUUUAUUGUUUCUUAAGCGAGCUAAUAAAGAAUUUAUACAUAUA